UCAGAACUUUGGUUUCCUUUUAUUUCUGGGACUGGCUCGGCAGAUCAUGCAACCACUGCCGGGUGUUGCAGUAUAGGGCGUUCCACUGCUAGACAAAUAUAAAAAGCGCUGACCCUGUCCGGGCUACAUAGACGAGACUCAGUCGUCUGCAACUGGCGUGUUAUCUGUUGACUGUACGAGGUUACCUGCCCGAGAAUGGCAGAGGCGAUACAUUUUCGAGAUUUUGAGGUGUUUGAAACGACUGGAUUCGCGAGUGAACUUCCGGAUUCACUGCCCGAUUACUUUCUGCCAUGGCACCAGUUGGCGCUCAAGACUGUCGAGCUGAUGACGUCACAAUCCAUGAGACAGGAGACCGAGAAGCUCCCUUUGCUGGACAGUUCAAGGCUAGAAAAGUAUGAGGAUUUGAGACUGGCUUAUCUACAACUGACUGUCAUCAGCUCAGGAUACGCGUGGGAACGUGGGCCAGAGCAGCUGCCUGAG